AUGGAUCUUAAAACGAAAUUAGAAGAAAUCAAACGUCAACUGGAAAAUGGUGAAAUCAAUAUACAAGAACAUAAAAAACGCCAUGAAUCGAUAAUGAAAGAAUGGUUAAACGGGUCAAAUGAGACCGAACACUCUAAUGUAGUUAAUGAACCAGAGGAAACGAGUUUAUAUGAUAUCCUUCAGUUAAAAAAAGGUGCAACUGACGCUGAAAUUAAAAAAAGUUACAAGGACCUUGCUCUAAAGCAUCAUCCGGAUAAGAAUGGAAAUACAAAAACUGAAGAGUGGAACAAGCUUUUAAAAGCAUACGAAAUUCUUUCAGAUAACGACAAACGUUUUCUCUAUGAUAAUCACGGAACAAUAAAUAAUUCCUUGGGAAAUAAGACAUCAUUUAAUCAGUAUGUAGGAGGUGACUCUUGGAAAGCUUAUAUUGGCGACUUAGAAAUCGGUCUUUUUUUAUUUUCAUAUGUAGAAGAAGAAAAAUCACCUGAACUGACGAAUUUAACAUCAGCUGAGCAAAAGAAGCGUCGUCACGAUAUUCGCGUAUCCGACAUCGUUCAAACCCUACAAAACAAACUUUCACAAUUUUCGAAACAAAAUGACAAAUUACUUGAAGAAAGUCUUCAGGAAGAAGCCCAAAAACUUUCUGUGGAAUCCAAUGGCAAAAACCUUCUACUUUUGUUAGGCAAAAUUUAUAUUUCCAAGGCGGAUACUUGUUUAAAUAAAUAUUCUAAGCAAAUCGUAUUAAAUAAAUUCUCUAAUAUAUUUGACAAUCUUGAUUUUGCAACGGGUGUAAUUUCUAGUUUUGUAGCGGUCAAAACUAAAGGAGGACCUUUAAGAAUGAAUCGAGAAGAGGUCUGUGAAGUAGUUUGGCGACUUUCACGGUCAGAAAUAUCUCUCAUUAUACGUGAGGUUUGUGAUAAACUCUUGGAUAGCUACAGUGAAAAUAACAAAGAUCUUGCCAAAUCACUGCACCUCCUGGGUGAAAUAUGGUCAAAAAAAACCAAUAAACAAUCCGACAUGUGA